UCAUGCUGCUGCCAGUCCAGAGUCUCUCAUGGGUCCCUGUACAUUGCUGCUGUCUCCAAUCGCCACACUCUGCCAUGUGCCACUUUCAGGUCUCCUCACACUGCUGGUGUGUUCCAUUUUGUCAUAGGGUGCUGGCAGAUUACGGGCCUCCCAUAGCUGCUGCCAGGCCCCUAAUCUGCCAUGGGCCCCCGUACCGCCUCCUCACGCUGCUGCCAGGUCCACAGUGUCUCAUGGGUCCCUGUACCGCCCUCCCAUUGCUGCUGUCUCCAUCGCCACACUCUGCCAUGUGCCACUUUCAGGUCUCCUUCACUUCUGCUGGGUGUUCCAUUUUU